AUUGCAAAAAAUUAUGCUUGGGCGAGUGGUGGCUCAAGUAUUCUCUCUGAAUUUGGGACCUUGCAUCUUGAAUUUGUUUAUCUCUCUGAUAUAUCGGGAGAUCCAGUGUUCCGAGAGAAAGUACUGAGAAUUCGUGAAGUCAUAAAAAAGACGGAUCGUCCGGGUGGUUUGUAUCCGAACUAUAUGAAUCCUAAGACAGGAAAAUGGGGCCAGCGCCAUACGUCUGUUGGUGCUUUGGGCGACAGUUUUUACGAGUAUCUUAUAAAAGCUUACAUUCAGUCGAACUGCAAAGAUGUCGUAGCCAAAGAAAUGUACGAGGAAGCAGUAGACACCAUCACAAAACGUUUAGUUCUGAAGUCUCAUUCCGGUCUAACAUAUUUGGCAGAAAGCAAGUUUGAUCGUUUAGAGCACAAAAUGGACCACUUAGCUUGUUUUGCUGGUGGUAUGUAUGCACUUGGUGCAAACACAAUUGACAGUGAACUUUCAAAGACACACAUGGAAAUUGCCGAGGGCCUAUCUAAUACAUGCCAUGAGUCGUAUGCACGCACGCCUACUGGUCUUGGCCCAGAAAGUUUCCGUUUCACAGAGGGUAUGGAAGCAAGGGCUUUAAAAUCAUCUGAAAAAUAUUAUAUUCUUCGACCUGAAGCCAUCGAAUCCUGGUUCUAUUUGUGGAGGUUUACCAAAGACCCAAAAUACAGAGAAUGGGCUUGGAGUGCAGUCUUGGCACUGGAAAAGUACUGCAGAGUGGAAGCAGGAUUUAGUGGCAUCCAGAAUGUAUAUAUGGAAAAUCCUCAGAAGGAUGAUGUACAACAGAGUUUCAUCUUUGCAGAGACAUUUAAGUAUUUAUACUUGAUCUUCUCCGAUGACUCUCUCUUAAGCCUAGAUGAAUGGGUUUUCAAUACAGAAGCCCAUCCACUCCCAGUAGAAGGAAAAAAUGCUUUCUACCGUAAAUCUCAAGCUGUAGCCUUGAGAGCAUCCUCUUCAUGGUGGUCAUUAUUCUACUUUUGCUGUUUUCUUCUGCUCUGCGUAGUAAAAUUUUGGUUUGAAAUUGAAGAGUACUGAUAACCAGUGGCAGUAAGCUGAAAGGAAAAAUGAAUUCCGUUGUAAGAUGACGACAAUAUGAAAUCUUGAUGAUGGUGGUCAAUGGUUAUUUUUUUUAUCAUGGAACCUCAGUUUUGUGGCUGAGCCUUGGCAUGAUUACAAUCAUGCCUCUAGAGACCCAGUUGUUUAUUAUUCUGUAUGAAAGUGUAAAUGGUUCGUUUGCCCUAACCCUAUUGUUGACUUGUAAAUGUUACACAAUCAGACAUUUUGAACUUUGAGUGCUGAUCGGUCAUAUUGGUAACGGUGUGCUGUAUAUUGUCGAUGGAGGUCGUAAGUAAACUAUCUCAUUUUGGUUCUUGUAUACUCUUAGAAACUUGCAUUAAACAUGUCACCUUUUAAUUGUUUGCUAAAUAGUUUUUGCACAUAGUUAUAAAUAUAAAACAAAAGCAUCAGUGGGAUCAGGUGCAGAUCAGCUGUAUUACUUCCAGUUUAGCAGACCAUUUGGUAGCUUUUAAGGUUAUAUUAUAUUUAGGACCACAGCUACAUGCUUAGCAGUGUAUUAGUUGAAUGACAAUCCUUGAUCAACAAUAUACUUCAAAGUUCAUGAUUACUGAUCUUACAAAGUCUAUAACGUUUAGUGGACAUUAAACUCCAGAUACAAUUUAGCAAUGUAGUAGGAGUCAAGCAUAAUCAUAUUUAGACACCAAGAACUACAUCGGUGAUUUGGUUCUGACCAAGUCAUGUAUUAUACAGCAAUCAUUCCAUGUACUGAUACCAAUAUUAGGUGUGAAAGACAGCUGCAUAUGCCUUUUGCUUUCAGUGUAGGAUAACCUUUUUAAAUAUUGUGGUUGAAAUGAAUGUAAGUUAUUUGUACAGUCUUCACAUUGAAUCAUCAUUAUUUUUUUAACACACUGGAAGACUCGGGUAUCCAUGUUGUAUCUUGUUUAAGUCAUCUUGUAUCAUUGGUUUGCACUAUAGUUAUCUGCAUCACUGGACAGGAACAGAAACUGUUUGCUAUUUUCAAAUUGCAAUGGAAGGAUCUGAUAUCCUCUUAUGCCUUUGCUACAACCAGUACAAAGUUGAUAAGGAAAUUUUUAGACUCAUCAUGUAAGGACUUCUUAAAUGUGUUUAUAGCUUUAUUUAGUUCAUUCAGAUUAUGAAAUUUUGCUUGUAUGUGGUCUUACAUGUGCAGAUUAAUUACACAGUAGUGAUCAGACUGCAUCUGCAGAUAACUUACAGAAUGUGACAUGAUGUGUCUUGAUACCAUACAAAAUUUUAAAUCUUAAUCUUUUUUAAGAUCAGUAUAGCAUUGCUUUUGAUAUAAAAAAAUCUAAUAAAAGAUUUCUGAAUAUGUAUUCCUUCUUCAUAAAACUACAGUAUACCAAAAAUUGCAUGAGGUGAAGGAUGUAUUCUUGCCAGUACCAACAGCACUUUCUCUCACAUAGACAACCAUCUGGGAUUUGGUGGGCCUUACAAAAUUUCUGUGGCUAAUCACACACCGAUCAUUUAUGGCCACCAAUAUCUUUUUUUUUAGGUUGAAAUUUAUUUUCCAUAGUAUGUGAUGAUGGUUAUGGAGUUUUUGAAGCUGAGGACUAAUACUUUAUUGUAUGAUAUUCUAUAACAAAAAAAAAUAAUAAAAAAAAUAAAUAAAAAGCUAAAAUGACAUACUGGAGUUUGCUGAGAAUUUAACAUCAUUGAAAUCUCAGUGAUAGGGAAUAUGACAAUGCCAUCAGAACUUCAAAGGGUCAAGAUUAGGACUUGUUGCAGUUAGAUGUGCAGAUUUCAGUGAAACUGGGAGAAAUAAAGCAAGAUACAAUAUAGGAAGCCUUCAGUUUUCAUUUUCUAAACUUACACUGUACUAAUGACAAUGAAUUUAGUUAAUCAUUAGUAAAUGGCUGUGACCCGGGUGAGCUUUCCAUUAUGACACUCAGUACAUAAUGACCUUUUUCCAUUGUCAGCACAUAACUAGAUAAUCAAAAGCCUAUUCUGUGAAAACUUAACAUUGCUUAUAAGAAGUACAAUGUUUUAAAGGCUUCCACUGCCUUAGUGAGAACUCUCCCAGUAGCAGGUGCCCUUUAUGUAGUGUUUAUAACACAUAUUUCAGACAAUAUUAUUUUCACAUAAAUACUACUACCUUUGCUCCUUACUAUGGCCAUCAUGGCUGCAUUUUUAUUCUUUUAGAGGAAAUUGAUCUGUGAUAUGUUAUUGCCCCAUUUUCUUUUAUCUAGUUGUUAUAUUUCUGUAAUCUGUUGGUCAAGGUGAAUUUAAACUCUUGGUGAAGACUGUACAAUAUCUGGUUAAUUUUCAAUUUUAUGAAUUUGUAGGAGAUAAAUGAUACCAUUAACAGUAUAUCAAACAGUACAUCAAUUAUCUUUUCUCUUCGUAUGCCCACCGUUCAUGUGGGUUGUAUUAUUGCACCCAUGUUAGUCUCUGUCUGUCCAUCCGUCCACAUGCUUGCAAGAAAGGAAUGAUAAGUCAUGUCCCACCAUUUGAGUAGUAAGCAUGUCCUACAUGUAGAUCAUUGUGUACAGCUUUUUCUCAAAAGAUUAUGUGUAAUAUCAGUUAUUUCCCAGCAUAUUCUGGCACUGACUUUUAUUUGUAAGCUUUGUUUAUUUUACACAACUGCUGGGUUAUCAAUUGGCUAAUUUUUUUAGUGCAUUUUCAGUAUAUUUUUUCUUGAGGUAUAGUUUAACCUCCACCUUGUGAUUUGUCCAGCCCUGUUUGUAUAAAUUUGACUUGGUGGCCUGGUUAAAUUACCAUAAGAGUAAUAAUAAUUUCAAGUGAUAGUAGACAAUUAUUUAUUGAGUUAUAUCUUACUGUUACGAAGAGAACUGAAAUACUGUGUAGACUAUAUGCAAUUAUGUUUCACACCAAGGGUAUUGAAAUUACAUGUGCUCUGAUUACUAUUUUACUGGUAUCCAGUAGAAAACAAGCUGGCUUGUUCAGGUCUUAAUGAGGUUUUGAUUUUUAAUGUGAAUGGUGUUUUUCAUAAGAUAGAUUUUUUAUUUUACUUUUUCAAAUGCAAAAAUAAAUGAGAUGUGUGUGUGUGAAAUCUGUUACGAGUGAAAUAGGUUGUGGAUUGCAAUGUGUUCUUUGCAUAUCCUCUGGUGUGUAUGCACUACUGUACUCAUUGCUGAUAGAUGUUGAAUGUAAGUAUGGCUUCUGUUCUAUUUUUCAUUGCAUUUUUAAAAUUUUCAUUGUUGUGAUGACAGUAAAGAUUAAGUUACUGAGAUUAUCUCUAACUUUUCAUAAAAUAUUGGGGUAAGAUCCUUUUUUUUAUAAUAGUUUUUUCUUUUACAGUUUAGCCAGACCUAUCCCUUGCACAAUGAUAAACAGUCUUUAUCAUAGAUAGUGUAUAAGUUUAUGAAUGAAUUUUUUUUAAAAUUACUUACUUUUAUAUUCAUUUUCUAGAAUUUUGAUGUACAUCAAGCACAUUUACAUUUAUGUAGAAAAACUUUCAUAGCCAAAAUGGAAUAUAGACUCUCUUCAACCUUUCUUAAGAAAAUUUAAGCACAGUAAGGUUCUGUUUUUAGAGAAGCCCUGAACUUACCAGGAACUUCACAAGUCUGGUCUUGUGAUAAGUAACAAAGACAUUGUAGCAGAGUCUACAGUUGAAAUUUCAAGAUAUUCUACAGCUAAGCUAGAAAUUGAAUGGAAUGACUGUUAGUGAAACCGACUUUACACAUUCAGUCUAAGGGAUUUAUCCAGAAAUAAGAACAUCAUUUCUUGAAAGUUGCCUAGCAAAAAAAACCAUCAUAAGGUAACUGGUAUGUAAGGAACUGUUACAAGCUGAUGUGAUGAAGUUCAGGGGUAUGUGAUAAUGCUGAUAAACUUAUUCUGCUGUUACCACACACUUGAUCUGCUGCAAUUACCAAGUUUGGUUUUUGGAGAGUAGUUUCACAUUCUUUUUCCAAAUUUUUUAUUAUGCACUAUUAAAAUAAUAAUGGAAAUUGUCUCUAUAACAUGAAAAGUUGCAUGGUCCAAGAAAGAAAAGCCAAGUAUAAUAAGGAAAGGCAGAAGGUUCAUCAUCUGCAAAAAUCCCAAAUCGAAGGUAAUCAACGCUAUCAAAAGUCCUGCGGAUAACAAAAGUGAAAAUCCAUUGUAACUUGGAACUAAAAUGUGAGCAAAGAGAUGGACAGACUAAGAUUGCAACAUAGCAUUAAGAAACACAGCAGUUGGACCACUGCUAGAGACUAGGUAACCAAUUAUUUGGUCAAUCAAUUACUGAAGUCAGUACGGCAGCUAGUCCCUUUGCUCAUAUUGAUCUUGCCUUUGCAAUGAAUAAACAUUGCCAUAAGGAUAGUCUGAUGAAGCAAAGCAAUUGAACGUUAUAACUGGAAUAAAUUGCAUUGAUAAGCUUCACUCAUACAUUAGGCAGAAAUUCUAAAUUUAGCCACAUUAACAUCUUGUGAAUCUGUGCGAGGUGUACAGUAGUACAUUAAUAUACAAGUAAAACAGCCGAUCACAAGUAAAGCGGCCAGUCAUAGAUUUAAUAUAUGAGUAAAACAGCCGGUCAUGAUUUUUAAUCCACAUAUUUUAUAAACCAAUGUAGUUUGCUCUGUUAUGUGACAAAUGAAAAAGCGAGAAUAGCGAUAGUAAAAGUUACUGUUUUAACUUGCAGGUUUUUCGUUGCACAAGUUCUUUCUUACUAAUGGUGUUUUACAUCAAGGUUGUGUUUGAUUUAUGUGGUUGAUAGUAACAUGUGAGGUCAGUGUUUCUGUAAUUUUUUUCUCUGGAAUCUGAAUUCCUUAUUAUUACUAAUUUUUUAUAUUCUACUAGAAAACAGUUUGUAUUACAUAUUUGUACUGCUAAUGCCCGGGAGUAGGCAUGACGCCUUUACUCCUUUAUUUAGUGUUUAUUUUUAUGAAUUAUUACUAACUGAAAUAUCUAACAAUUAUUUUAACACUUCAGUCUGAUGUAAAGUCCUCUGUCAUUUGAAAAAAUUUACAAGCAAUAUACAUUGUGCAAGGGAUGGAAGAUGUUUUUAUGAACUUUGGUCUAUGACAGUGCCUAUUUGCUAAACUGCUUUGCAAUAAGAAUCUCUUCAAUAUUCUAUUAAAUGACCUGAAAUUAUUUUGCUGCUGCAAGUGUAUUUGUAAUCCAUGCUUUUUUUAUUAAAGAACUAUGAAGGUGGCUUACAAUUGGAAUGCUUUUAAAGUAUUUGACUUUAUAUUUGGCAAAUUAAAAUUAUAACUACUUAAGAGAAAUCACAUUUCCUCACUUUGGAGGUAAAGUAAUCUAUCUCAAAAUUCUUAACAUUCUACCUCAGAAUUGAGAGCAUUAGAGGUCGUUUACAAUUCUCUCGAGAAUAGAAUGGUACAGAGCCUUGCAGACAGCUAGUUCACAGUUCAGAGCCUUGCAUGUUACAGUUUCAAACAACUAUGCUUGGCAAUCAGCUCAUGCCAGUAGCCAAGUAGAUGCUUCCGUCACUCGAUAUUGGCCUUUCUGUGAAGUGUGGUCCCUAUAUACUAUUAUAAAAUGCAGCGUUCAUUUGAUACUCAUGAUGUGCAUAACUUGAAUGCUUUGUUAAAUAGUCGUUUAUUUUUAUUUCUUGAACGUGAAGCAAUACGAGUGGCCCAGAACACCUCUUAGAUAACUGUAAUUCAUUGGACAAUGAGUCAUUGCUUGAGAGUUGUUGUUGUUGUUGUUGUUGUUAGUGGUAUUUUUUUUUUUUUUUUUUAGAGAAUAAUUUAAUAUCGGAAUAUUGUGCUCUUGCUCUCUCUAUAUCUACAUAGAUAUUCUGUGCUAAGUCUUGUAGUUAGUUCAUAUUCCAAUUUUAGGCUUUGAUUCAAAAUUUCUUAGUGUCUUUUCUCCAAGGGUCUGUUGAGGUUCCUACAGUUAAUGGGUAUUUAAAAUAUACAAACACUUUGGUACUUAGUCAAAGAUCAAUAUUUGACCUUGAUUUAUAUUUUAUCAGUAUUGCUCAGUGCUAAAGAUUAUGAGAAUCUACGUUUCCACAAUUGUGUACAGUAAGUUUGGACAGCGAAUGAAUGUGCCACAAUCAGAAAUGGUAAUUCCAGCCAUAGCAUUAGUUUUUCGUACAGUUAGCAGCCAGCCUUCCAUCCAAAACAUUGUAGCACCUUAAUUUACUGUCCAAACUAUCUUUGGUUGAAGAUUGAUAGCUCUACUGCUUAUAGGGUCACAUCACCUGUUAAUAGCAAUCGUAAUUGUGGUGUCUAUUGGAAUAGUUGGAUCUCUUAUGCAAUUUUUCCAUAGAAGGAAACUCACUUGAGUAGAUUCAACAGUGUUACUGUACAUCAAGUAAGUAAGAGAGCAGUAAAGCUGAUUUUUUUCUUAUUUUCUCAUAUACAAGGUGAUACUAUCCAUGGUUUCUCGAAGUUGCUUAAUUUAUCAAUAUUCAUGUACCUCUUCACUUCCUUUCUAAAUUGCAUUUCAUUAGAUAUUGCAUAGAUUAUUUUUAGAAGUCAUAAUAUACAGAUUUAUUAUCAAGUUUUAUAGAUUUUUCUGUACAAAGUCUUUGGCUUUCUUAGUAAUUAAGGAAUAAUAUUUAAUAGUAUGUAAUGUGAUACAAACGACUUGAAAUUAUGUAAAGUAGUGUAAAUAAAAUAUCACAAGGUUACAAUGGAAGGAUAGGGUAAUUUUAUUCAAGAAAAUCCUGUUGUUAACGUCAGGUCUCUUAUCAAGUCUAUAAGUGGGGUAAACUACUGAUAGUAUUUUGUAGUUUUUAUCCAAGUUUUAUCUUUCUGUACUGCUGAAGAUUAACAGUUAUGUCAGUGAUAUUACCUUAGUGCAGCAUAUAUUUUCUUCUGUAUUAAAAGCCGAAAGUAAAGCAUAUGAUUGAAUGAAAAAUUAAGUCUGCAGUAGUAGUAUGUAGUACAUAUGUAUAUUGUUAUAUACAUACAGGAAACUUUCCCCAACUUGAUCAGUUGGCUUCACCCAGAUUCUGGCCGAAGAGGCCAACCGAUCGAAUUGGCAAAAGCUUCUUGUAUAUAACAAUAUAUGUACAUACAUACUACUGCAGACUUUAUUUUUCCAUUCAAGAUCAAAUAAUAUGAUUGAAUACUUAUCACAAUCUGCAUAAGGCUCUAAUGAGUAGUGUUUCACAUUUCCUGUUUACAGUUUCAUUUGGCAAUUCCAAGAGUAUAGGGUAGUUUACCGAACUUGAAUUUGAGAAGAUGCCUUUUGUUAACAAGUAAUGUUUUUGGAAAAUAUCUGUUCCAGUUACAGAGUCAUUCAAUGAAUAGCCUUUGUACUGGUGACUUUUUUCAUGAAUAUUUUUAGCGAGUGGUUAAUAAUUUGAGAAUCUGUAUUUAUGAUGACAAUAAAGAAGAAAUAGCAUA